CAAAAACACGUAAAAUUCACUUCAAUUCCUCUUCGUUGUAAUAAUCUCGAAUGGAGUUUUCAAAGGUUUCCUUUCUAGCUCUUACUUGUCUCAUGGCCUUAGCCUUGGUCCUUCCUUCCCACGCCCAAAACUCACCGCAAGACUACCUUGACGCUCACAACCGAGCUCGAGCAGCCGUCCGCGUUGGCCCUAUGACUUGGGACAACACCGUGGCCAAUUAUGCACGAAACUAUGCUAAUCAGCGCAUUCGUGACUGCAACCUUGUGCACUCCGGUGGACCGUAUGGCGAAAACCUUGCAUGGAGCAGCGGUGACCUAUCCGGCACCGAUGCGGUAAGAUUGUGGGUUAAUGAGAGAGCCUACUACGACUACAAUUCCAACAGCUGUGCAUCGGGCAGGGUCUGCGGGCAUUACACGCAGGUGGUUUGGCGUAACUCGGUUCGUCUCGGCUGUGCUAAGGUGAGGUGCAACAAUGGUGGAACUUUCAUUAUCUGCAACUAUGCUCCUGCAGGCAAUAUCCGCGGCCAAAGACCUUACUAAAAUGCUCAUUUUGGUUAAAAUAUUCCAAAUCAACUUAAUUAUCUACAAUAAAAUUGUUGAGUGUACGUGUGUGCUGAUCAGCCUAUGCAUGGCAUAUAAUAAUAAGGAAUGAAUGUAUUUUGAUUUGCUAUUAUAAUUUUACUAUAAUGAAAGA